AUGAGUCCCAGUUCAGUGCGGCUUGCAAAGGUUCCGGUUGCGGUAAUCAGUGUGGUGAUUCUAGUGGUGCUCAUGCCAACAGGGAGCGCUCAGCUGACGUGCUAUUCGUGUAAAGAGUGUGACACAUAUGAUCCAAAUCAAAUGGUGGAAUGCGUAUCCGACUGUAGCAUUUGGUAUUCAAGUGAUGACGAAGAGACCACAGUUCACCGAGGUUGCCUCGAAGAAGCGGAAAUUGAUGCGAUAAUCUACGAUCAAUGUGGAACCGAUCGGUGUAAUACUGUCCAAGUUGCAAGGUGUGCACGGUGUGCAUCAACUGCAACGGCACAAUGUGCGAACGUGAUCUGUCCAACGUCAGCGGACCAGUGUUAUCUUAAUCCAACAGAUGGUCAUCGAGGAUGUACAUCUGAUCAGAAUUAUGAAGUGGAUUGUACAGCAGGAAGUAAUUCCUGUACCACAUGCACCUCAGAACCCGACCAGCCUUGUAACGACAUUCGGAUGUGUGUGGUGUGUGAUGUAAGCAAAAACCCUGAAUGUCUAGAAGACGAUGCGCUUUUCGUACAACAAUGUUCCGAAACGACCGAUCGGUGCUACCGGUACAUGGACACAGAGCUGACCCUACAUUUAGGUUGCACCAGCGAUGAAGAUUACUCGAUCAACUGUCGCGACGCAGGAAACUGCCGAGUCUGCUCCAGUGAUGAAUGUAAUCGAGAGGAUAAGUUUGAGUGUUAUAUUUGUGACGAUUGUACAUCCGUUAAGGUUGGGCUGGAUAGCAAGAUUGAAUGUAACAUCGUCGAAGACAGUCGAUGCUAUACGGGUUAUGAUGCGAUCACCAAACAGACACAUCGCGGAUGCUUUAGCGAGAGUGUCCCACCGUACGAUGUAUUUGAUUUGUGUGAAGAUAGUGCCUGCAACGAUCGGAUCUUUCCCGAUCAUCUCCAGUGCUAUCAGUGCGUCGGUUGUGAUGAUGUAAAUGGCGCCGAUUUGAGCUACUGCAGCAAUAGUAAGGCUUCCAGCUGCUAUAUGAUGUUGGCUGAUACCGUGGGUACCAAAACACUCAUCCGUGGCUGCAACACAGACGAGCAGUACGCUGACUGUCAGAUCGAUCGUAACUGCGUCACCUGUGAGAGAGAUCAGUGCAAUGGGGAAUCUUCACAGAUGACAAGGUUUUGCGACCGGUGUGAUGGUGUGGAGGAAUGUGAAAAGCAAAUCCUUACCUACAACUGUGGAGACCGUUCCUUCACCAACCAGUGCUACCUCUACUCGGACGGUUUAGGUGUGCUCAAGAAGGGAUGCAUACUUGAGCUAGACCCUGCAAUGGCGGAAGCAUGCUACGAUCCUUCCGAUACAAGAUGUACCAUCUGCAAAGAUAUUCAGUGCAACCGGAAGCACUGUGUUCGAUGUGAUACCCGAACGGAUGGGCUUGUUUGUGUGCUGGGGGACAAAACCGUUCCAGCACUUCGUUAUGCGCUUUGCGAUGGGGAUGUCUGUCGGGUGGAGAUCGACUCCGAAGGUCAUACAGUUCGGGGUUGUUUGGAAGACUUCCUGAAACCCUGUGCAGCGGGUAGUUGUCGGGAAACGCUAUUGGCCGGAUCGAAUGGAGGCCUAUUCCCGGCAAACCGUCGGCAAUGUUUCCAGUGUGAGGGUGAUGAUUGCUGGAUGGGACAGCAAGCCGAAGAUGGGCAAUACUGUCAGCUGUAUCGUGGAUCCGAGGAUGGUUGUUACAUCUACAAUGACGGCACUACUAUUGUGCGCGGUUGUACCACCGAUCUCGGUGCGAAAUGUGUCACAGGAAGCGAUGAUCCGCACUGUGUAGUAUCGUUCGAAGAUCUUAAAAACGAUAUUGCUCAGCAACAGGCACCAAUCACCUGUUAUCAAGACUGUUCCGAGAAUGUGUUGUCGUGUGUUCCGGUCACCUGUCCGGCGCCGAGCGAUCGUUGCUUCUUGAGCGUAUCCUACAGUGGGGUAGUCACGCGUGGCUGUACAUCUUCCAAUUGUCCGUCCGAUUCCAAAGAUUGUUUCACGUGCAAGGAACCGAAUUGCAAUGGCGUCUACAGUGUGUGUUCCAGCUGCGACACAAUGGCUGAUAUCGAGUGUACCGUAGGCGAAGAGCAUGGAGAGAUUUGCGAACAGUCGAUUGGUUGCUUUCAGUAUCAGAGCGUCGAUCGUGCAUUGUAUGGUUGUGCCGAAAAGGCACCAGAGUUUUGUCUAAACGAAGAGGAACAUUGCAAGUUUUGCGAUCAAUCAUUUUGUAACAGCAAAGCUUUAAGCUUGUGCUACUCCUGCACAGACUGUCGGAACGUUUUGACACCCAUCGCACAGAAGACGCAGCUGUGCGCUACUGAGAGCGAUCAUUGCAUCACCGGCCUCGUCGGGGAUCGAAUCGAUCGUGGCUGUCGAUCCGAUAUGCCGCAACCGAUCGAGGACUACAUCGUAAUUGAGGACUGUACCGAUCCGACCUGCAAUCGUGCGCCGAUUACGGAUUGGGCCAGCUGUUACGCAUGUACCGACUGUGCCGAAGUAACGACCGAAACCGCAGUGCUCUGUCUAAAUCCUGCAACAAACCAAUGUUACACGCUGCGGUCUGCGAACGGUGUGAUCAGUAGAGGAUGCGCUACCGAGACGGCACUGUUCGACUGUGACGACGGGAUAAACUGUGCCGUGUGUGAUUAUGACAACUGCAACAAUCUUGUCGUGCCGCGUGAAUUUAGCUGCGUGCAGUGUGGUCGCAUUGAAAGCUGUGCCGAUUACAACGUACUGAGCAAUUGUCCAAACCAACUGGGAUUGGUUGUCGAUGCGUGCGUCACACACAAGGCGGAUACGGGCAUCAUGAAGGGAUGCAUGAGCAGUAUAGAGUUGUUUGUACUGUGUUACGGCACUACGAACAACGGCCGUUGCAACGUGACGCUGGAAUCGCAAAGCAAUGCACGACCUGUCCAGUGUGUCGACUGUAAGGCAGAUGCCGAAUGUGUUCGUGGAGAUUUAAACGAGCUGCAAACCGCGACCUAUUUCCAUGGGUCUUGUGUGUCGUUUCUCGACGAGAGUGGUGAUGUAGUGCGCGGGAAUGUGGUGGAGUACCCCGAAUGUCGAGAUUCAUCGCAUUGUGUAGAGUGUUUCCACGAUGGCUGCAAUGUGGGUCUCUUCCCCCAGGAUCGUCUGUUGUGUUACCAGUGCAGUGGCGUGGAGUGUGCUCAGCUAGCGAACUCUGCGCUAACGCCCGAACCAUGUUUGCGGUACGAUGCGGCUAAUGCCAAGUGUUACACGUGGUACGGAUCGGCUUCCAGUGCCCAACGUGGUUGCUUGCUGGAUGAUGAUUCCAUCUGCCAAAUGGAAGGUGUAUCGUGUCAGAGCUGUACCGAGAGUGGCUGUAACGAUGUCCAGUACGAUAGCUUCAGCGAUACGAAGAUGUGUGUAAAGUGUAGCACGAACCGGGUAUGUGAUGAAAAUCCUACAGAAGAAAGUUGCUCCACUGGCGGUGGAUGCUAUACGUUUUACAGUGAGCUAUUGGUUACCGCCAAAGGAUGCGUGUCGGAACUCCGCGAGAGUAUGGCAUGGUACGAUGAAUGUACUGCCGGUACCGCAAGCGAACGGUGUGAACGGUGCUUUGGUGAUUUGUGUAAUCGCAACAAGUGUUAUGUGUGUAACUCGAGGGAUGGACCAGCGUCCAACUGUAUCCAACCCAACCUGGAAAACACCGUCUCCUCUACUUGUAUCGAAAGUGAGGAGUGUGUGGCGUUCAUAGAUGAUAAUGGUCACACGGUACGGGGAUGUAGUGACUCUUUCGAACAGGACCAGAUUGCCAAAUGUUCAGGAUCGAGCGGUACGUGCCUGCGGUGUAUGGGUGAUCACUGUAACGGUGGCGCUUUGCCGAAGGAUCGCAUCAAAUGUUAUCAAUGCUCUGGAACGAUCGAAUGCCUUAAUCCGUCAAAGAACAGUGAACGGUAUUGCGAUGUCUACCUGGAAGGAGAAAACAGUUGUUACACAUAUUUCCAAGAUGAGACGACUGUAGAACGUGGAUGUACUCUGCAGCGUGCAGAACCAUGUGAUCAACACUGUCAGAAGUGCAACAUAACUGGAUGCAACGAUCAGCCCGCUUUCGUCCAGAAUUCCCUCACCUGUGCCCAAUGUUUGGGUGAUGAUUGUCCAGCAAUUGAUGCUAGCGAAGCGGCUAUUGCAAAACCAUGUCCGGCAGAGAUUUUGUUUGGUCGUACCGAACAAUGCUAUUCCUACUUCCAUCCGAACGGAACACUCGAAAGAGGAUGUCUUAGUGAGCUAACGAAAAAUAGACCUCCUAUUGCAGCGCAGUGUUUGGACGAGUCAGAUGUCAGAUGUAAAUUCUGCUCAGACAGUGGUUGUAAUGUGCGCAACGUUAAAUGUUUCGUUUGCAAUACGAACACGUACGCGGGUUGUGCCGAUAACCUGGAGGAGGCGAAACAUAAUGCAUUGCUUCAGACAUGCGGCACAGGACAGUGCGUUUCUUUGGUGGAAGAAACAACGACACGGAAAGGUUGUGCUGAAGACUUCAAAGUGAAGUGUGAUUCGGGCAAUAUCUGUCAUACAUUCGAGGGUCCCAAGUCAAACAGUGCCGUUUAUCCAACAAGUAGACUACAGUGCUUUAAAUGCCAAGGAAGCACCUGUGAUGAGGUUCAAAGUUCUGCACGAACAGCCGCGUGCCAGCAGUACAAUCUAAACGAUGAGUGUUACACGUAUGUUUCUGACGGUGGGGAAACCUUCCGGGGAUGCGUGUCGGACCCAUUGGAGACUAACCCGUGUAUUGUACACCCAGAUCAUUGCGUCCGAUGCGAUUCCAAAUCUGGCUGCAAUACGGAACCUAGUAGACGGUCCAAUGGGCUCAUAUGCGCCCAAUGUUCCCGUGCGAUCGACUGUGAGCAGUCGACGCGGUUCGCACAAUGCACCCAGCCACUACUGCUUGGGCGACAGGAUUCCUGCUACGUGCAUUCCUUUGCCGGUGAAAUCCUUGCACGUGGGUGCCUUAGCGAUGCUGCUGUGUCCUUACGUGACAAGUGUGCUAAUGCUGGGAACAGUGAAUGUUCACUCUGCCGUUGUGAUCGUUGCAAUGGACCACCGGUCCGGUGCGUUGCCUGCGAGGGUGAGACGGGAUGUGGUGAUACGCUUAAAACUUCCGAGAACGAACUCGUACCAUGUCAGACAGCGAGCUGUGUGUCGUUUGUUGAACAUUUCGCCAACGGUUCGUCACUUAUCGUUAAAGGAUGCUCGGAACUGUAUGAGAGCGACACUUGUAGCAAGGGACAUGCAACUGAUGGAACCUAUCAACUUUGUCAUUCGUCCGGCUGUAACGAUGUGCUGUUCCCAGUGUCACGUUUGAAGUGUUAUCAAUGUGAAGGAGAAUCUUGUUCCGAUCUAUCGCUCGAGCCAACCAUCUGUGAGCCUUACAGAGAGGGUGAGAUGUGCUACAGCUAUAUGAAUCGUCCAAAGAAGGGAUGUGUUGGACAGUUGCGGGAUGGUGACGAAUGUGAGCAGGAUGCAGGACGGUGUGGUGUUUGUGAUUCUACCGAUGGGUGUAAUGUGGAACCUCGAGCCCUGGAGUGUAUCUCCUGCUCCUCAAAGACUAAUCCAAGCUGCGUAGAUCCAAUGACGAGAGUGCUCGACAAGAAGAUAUGCCCCAUUGGUGGAUGUGCUACAAUAAUCGACGAUGACGGUUAUACCGUGAGAGACUGUGCGGCCGAGUUCGAUGCUUCUUCAGAAUUAUGCAGCGGACCAGAUGGUACCUGUGAGGUGUGCACCGAAGGGGAUUCCUGCAACGGCGCUCUGUUCCCUUCCAAUCGGUUGCAGUGUUAUCAGUGUUCCGGUGCCAACUGUUUGGAUGUGACGCAACAAACACCGUCUGUCUGUCAGCUAUACAACAGUACGAACGAUGCGUGCUAUACGUACGCCGUCAGCCCAACUAAUAUUCGACGUGGAUGUCUAUCAGAUGCCAUUUCCGAAUGUCCCGAUAAGUGCGUUACGUGUGCCAGUGGAGACGGUUGUAAUGAUCUUCCACCGAUCGUUGCAAACACACUCACCUGCCUUCAUUGCGAAGGAUCGGAUUGUGCGAAGCUACAACACACAGACCAAGGCACUGUGUGUCCGGAUAUUCUGCUGGGACAUAUCGAUGCUUGUUACACUUUUGUAGAGCAGUAUACCGUCCGCAGAGGUUGCCUUUCGGAGGACACUGCCUGCAAUCCAGCAGAUGCCAACUGUCACGUCUGUGCCGAUGAAAACGAUUGCAAUGUGGACGAAUACGCCGUAACACUGCAUGAAUGUGUCCUUUGUGAUGAGAGUGUUCUUGGUGAACGAUGCAAAUGGGGCUACGAACAAUCCACUGCACAACGAUGCCAUCCAUCGGAUGCGUCUUUUGUUCAAGUUGGUUGCUACACUUGCUAUGCCACGCUUGAGCAGACCAUCGGUAACAAUACGCUGCUUACAUCCGUUUUCCAUCGUGGUUGUGUCGGAGAAGAACGGCAAGUAGAAUGCCAACCGGACACAGUCCAGGUGUGUCUUGGGGCCGGCUGUAAUCAGCGAAAUGAGCAGUUACAGAUAUGUGCUAAGUGUAUGGAAAAUGGCUGUGAUGGCGAUCAGUGGUCAGUGGAAGAGUGUCGUGGUAUUGUACCGUACGAUCGACGUGGUUGCUACGUCAUGCGUGAUGUGCGGAACCGCAUUUACGCACGAGGCUGUUUGGCGGAAUUGAGCGCAGACACUAGGAAACUUUGUUCCAGCGCGAAAGACGCGUCCUGUCGCACGUGCUUCGGAAACGAAUGCAACCAUGCUGCUGUUGGAUUGGAAAGAGUGCCUUUCCUGUGGACACUACUGCUAGCGUUACUAUUGGCCCUCUGUAGUACACGAUAG